AUCACGACUCUCCCCGCGGAGCGCUUCCGGUGGUGUUUCCUGUCAGUGUUUGUAAACUGGGGAAAAAUUGGAAGUGCGACAAGAAUUGAUAAUCUACAAAACUCAAACAAUCCGACGGCUUUGACCCCUGAUGAUUUGGGUGGGUGUGGUCUCUUCUGUCACCUCUCAUCCUGAGUGAAGCCCCCUCUGUUUCCCCCAAACACACACGCAUUCAAACCACGGCGAUGACACACCAUUCCAACAGCUCUGUCCGAGACCAUAUGAAAUGGGCUGGGUUGCUGGGCUGCGAGGCGGUGCUGUCCAGCAUGGCCCUGAUGCAAGCCAACAGCAUCCCAGGCCAGAAGAAGAUGAUGUCAACCUUGGGCCACGGGCACAGGGCCAGUAGCGAGAGCCAGCAAACCCACUCACACCACAGCCACAACCACCAUGGACACCAGGUUCACCAUGGACAACCGCACCACAGCCACAUGGGCCAUCCUUCAGCGGGGAGCUGUCCACCCCUGCUAAUCCGAAAAGAUGGCGAUUAUCACUCAUCAAAACUGAUGGACGGAAAAGACAUGCAGGCGAACCAGAACAUGCAACCCAAGAAGAAGCACAAAAAAUCUGGGUCUUCCCACAAAGUCAAAGAGAAAGUGGAGCUUCUACUUCCUGCAGUCAGUAUGGAUGAUGACGACGACAGUUCUUUGAAAAUCCAGAAGAACUUCAUCUGUGACCACUGCUAUGGAGCUUAUCGGAGCAGCUACCACCUCAAGCGACAUAUACUUACACACACAGGGGAAAAGCCAUAUGCUUGUGAUGCGUGUGACAUGCGGUUCAUUCAGCGUUACCACCUGGACAGACACAAGAGGGUGCACAGCGGAGAGAAGCCGUACCAGUGCGAUCGCUGCCAUCAGAACUUCUCACGGACAGACAGGCUGCUGAGGCACCGACGGCUCUGCACAGUGGGGAUGAGCAAAGAGGAAAGCCAGUACUCGCAGGACGCAUCUGCCCAUCCAGCCUCCUGGAGCCCCCUCCAGCCUUCCAACAACCGUCUGACUGUCUGACCUCCCUGACACCCCCAUAGAACACAACAGCCUGAAUCUUAGAAAUUUCGAACAUUACUGUAACCUGAAAACAGCCCAGCUUAAACACAACCAAUCUUUACUUUGCUCUCACCAGCUCAUGCGUUCGAGCUGGAUAGUGGAUUUUUUGUACUUUUUUAUCUACUGUUACGGUCACGAUACACGCCAAAAGGGGGACAGCUUAUUCAUAGUCGUGGACAACCGAUUACGAUGGCAGACUUGUCCUCGUAUCUGAAAGGUUUUAGGGUAUUUUUGGUUUUGCUGCCAAGAGAUCCUUCAGUCUGCCCCGCAGCUGCCUAUAACUACACAUGGACAAUUCACUAAAGGACACAAACAUAAAACCAUGUAGAUUAUUUGGUGUUCGAGUCCUAAUCAUUUUGUUUUCACUCUUGUUACUAAUCAUGUACCAGCCACUGCUGAGAAGUGAGACGUGGUCCGUGCUGCCUCGAGGAAACAAUGACACCUUUUCCCACACUGUGUCACACCUACAGUAUACAACAUCAAAGACAGGUUGAACAACACAGAAGGUUAGACGCUUUUCAGUUUCUAGUUGUGUAGAGACAAUUCGCACACACAUUCACGGCUGUACCUUGUUUUAAAGGGGUCCUGUCCGGUCUGUUAUUCGGUUUAUUGAAAUAUAGUAGAAGGUUGACAGGUUUUGUAGGAAUAGCCAGUUUUUUUUUAAUGCAAAUUUAGUAAUUUUUUUAUUUUAUAUAUAUAAUAGCUGGAUGUAGGAACCACCUGUCUGUGGCAUAAAUGAUGGUGGAGUUUCCUAUAGUGCUACCGUAGUGACACACGUUUCCUGUCUCUCUGUCAGUCUUAUUUUUUUUCUGCCACUCAGCGAUGGACUCCUCUGACUCUGAGAGACUUCCAGAGUAUUUUUGAUAAGCGAGGCUGGGUCAGCAUAUUGUCGGUAAUCCUGAGAUUUACCUGAAAGUUCCUGAGAGUAGCCUGUGAAAUCUCAUCAAACCUGAUUUUCUCCAUAAGACCGUUUGCACACAGGUGGAUCAAAAGUAGUCCCAAGACCUAGAAUAAUUUUCUCUCCGGCUACUGGGAAAGUUUUCUCGGUGCUCACCACUUUAAUUCGGCACUCGUGAAAUUGGCCUCGGCCAGUUCAAGCAGCUUAAAGUAUAAUUUGGCUCAUCCGCAGAUUUUGAGAGCUGAUCUCUGUCUUGACCUGACUGAAUGUGAUCUGAAUACAGUGCCAUGUCAUUUUAUCUCCAGUUCAACCUUGAAGCAUCUUCAGUGAAGAUGAUGAUUGUGCUUUGUGGAUUGGGGAAUACAAGGUGGACAUGGUGUUUUCUAUGACGAUGACUUAUGUUGUAUUACUGUACGUUAUGUUAUGGGCCUCUGUAGGAUCAAAUCAGUUUGUACACUGGACUUGAGAUGGAAGUUCGAUAGUAAAGGAGGAGUUUUAACAUUUGUAAUCUGCUUAGAAUAAAACCUGUUUUACAGUAGACUGGUAGUUCAGUUGCCGUCACACUUUUAGAUCAUGUGAAAGAAGUUUUUUCGGCCCGACUGACUUUGUCUACUCUUUAUGAAGUUAAUAUAUAUUUAAAUUGUACUAGGAGUAGAAAAUAGUAUGUAUGGGACCUACACUCCAAAAGCAAAUCAAAGUAUUUACAGAGUUAUUAUCCCUAGUCUGAUGAUUUCUUUUGACAACUGAAACGGCCAUAACGUGUUAAUGUCCGUCUUGCUGGUAGGAUUUAAGUAAGAGCUGACACUCUUGCCCUUUUAGUAUAGCAGCCAUGAUUAGUCGGCAUAUUUUUUUAUUUUGCAUGUAUUUGUUGGAGGAACUUGUAUAUAUACAUACUUUUUUGUUUCGGUAAAAGAGUUUCUUUGAUGUUAGCCCUCAACUUUUUUUUGUCAUUUCAGGGGUGUGAAAUAAAAACCCAAUCAUUCUGUAGUGGAUGGAGUUUUUCUGGCCCCGAGUCUCAAUAAAGCUGUUACACUUUUUCAACAAUC